UAACAAAGAAACAAAACUCAGAUUUUGUGUUUUCCCUGUUUCUCUCUCACACACAUAGAUGCUCCAGAAUCAACGUUAUAUUCCAAAGUUGUUGUGUGUUCUAAUCUCUAACGUUGUAUUGUUUGUUACAACCAUGAUGCUGUCACUGUAUCAAAAUUGAAUUUCUUUACCCCAAUAAAUAAAUAAAAAUGCGGAGGGUACUUGGGAAGAUUACUGGGUUGUUCACCAAUCGAACUAUGGCUGGUGUGGAUAAAACUGGGAAUAAAUAUUUCACCAGAAAUGAACAAAUUGAUGGCAUAAUGAAAGAAAAGAGAUGGGUGGUGUUUAAGGGAGAGCAUGAUCCUACAUCCAUUCCAGUUGAAUGGAUAUGUUGGUUGAAUGGGCAGCGUAAAAGGGCUCCAACUCCAGAGGAACAAAUGGAAUUGGACGCAAGACGUGAGCAAGUCAAGCAAAAUGUUGCUCUUCUCAAGAAAGAAGAAGAGGAAAGGAAAGCCAAAGAAGGAAGUAGAGUCAGACGUGUCGUCAACAAAGGAAACGUUGGUGGUCCAGACUUGAAAAGUUUUAUGCAGCAGUUUCCGGUUUCUUCCGAAGGUAACGAGGUUGAAGAAUCACCUGGCACAAGGGAUGACUUGAGGAAAUCUCAAGACAGCAAAGAUAAUGCAGAAGAUGAGCUUGAGACUUCAGAGCCAACUGGAUCAGGUGCAUCUUUUAAACCUGGAACCUGGCAGCCUCCAACUUGAACUUUCAUCAAUCAUCACAGUUACGUGAGGACCUUACUGACACAACAUUCCUGAUUUUGCCUCAUUCUGAUUCGAAAAGCCGUGCAUGAUGUUUUAUUUAUUCCUCAAGAAUUUUGAUAUAAUUUAUGUGUGUGAUCAAGUUUCUCAAAAUUGUAAUUCAUUGAUUUACAUUUGUUCGACGAAUAUGACCACAAAAACAGCUUGACGCGUUAUGCAUUUGCAGUGCUUAUUGCCCUGCUGAGUAACCUAGUUCUUUCCAAAUAAUAUCUUAGUUUUGAUGCAUUUUGAUGUUACAAAUCUAAACAUCAACAAAGGUAGGAUGUGAAUGUACAAGUACUUUUGGGUGACCUUGCAAGCAAGGACCCUUGCCUGAGUCUCAACUGUAAACCUGAAAUGACACAUAAUUGUUAUCAAAAUUACUGGCUUAGUUAUUUGUUAGUGAAAAUGUGGAUGUAAUUAGCUAUGAGCUGUUGUAACUUAUAAUUCACAUUAUAAAUAACAGGAUUCAGUCAUCCUUUCUAUUGUACUA